AAAGGCAGAAGUCGGACAAACGUCAAUAUAAAAAGAAGUGGGAAAAUAGGCGGGUCUUGAACCUGUCUCUCUCUUCUCCGAGGAGUACCGAGCUAAUAAAGACGUAAUGGCCGAGCAAUCGAAGCUCACUGAUUGGCUCUCGUCUACUCCACACCACCGCAAGCCAUGGCCCGAAAUCGCCAUCUCCUCAAGUCCCGCCCGCAACAAGAGCAUCUUUUUUUUAGCCAAACCCCCAGACUUCCUCCCUCCGUCAUCGCUUUUCGCCUCCCAUUCAACUUAACUCUUGAUCUUGCAUCACUUUCCAAUCUUGCAUCUUGCAACAAUCCUGAGAAAAAACUCUCAACGACCUACGCACAACCUGAUAUCGACGACUUCGAUAUAUCACCAAAACCUACACACACAACACAUACCACAAUGUUCGCUAGAGGACUUCGCGCUGUCUCGCGGCGAGCUGCUGUCGCUGCCCCCCUCGCCCGUCCUACCAUCCUCCCUGCCCGCCAGAUCUCUCCCGCCGUCGCCGUCAACGCUACCCGCUCCUACCACGAGAAGGUUCUCGACCACUACUCACGACCCCGAAAUGUCGGCUCCAUGAACAAGAAAGAUAGUGAUGUCGGAACCGGUCUCGUCGGCGCCCCUGCCUGCGGCGAUGUCAUGAAGCUCCAGAUCCGCGUCGAUCCUGAAACCCAGAAGAUCUCCGAGGUCAAGUUCAAGACAUUCGGAUGCGGUUCCGCCAUCGCCUCCAGCAGCUAUCUCACUGAGCUUGUGCGCGGCAUGAGCUUGGAUGAUGCUGGAAAGGUCAAGAACACUGAGAUUGCUAAGGAGCUCUGCUUACCCCCCGUCAAGCUGCACUGCUCCAUGCUUGCUGAGGAUGCUAUCAAGUCUGCCAUCUCCGAUUACUACACCAAGAACCCCAACGCCAAGGUCAGCAACCUCAGCGGUACUGGCAUGAAGCUCCCUGAGGCCGACGCCGCUGCUGCUUAAACGUGGUAAUUCGUCAAGAAAAUCUCAACAUAAAAAAACACGAAUAUUACAUUGCUUUUACGCCAUGUCACCAUACUUGGGAAACUAGGAUAUGAUACCCUCUUUGAGGCAGGAUGAAAAAAGAAAGUCGUUCGGAACACCAACGAAGGAGGGGGAGUCAUCUUUGGAUCUAGUCUGGAGUAAGACUGUCUGACGCAACACGUCUGACUGGUCUUUCCCUUCUUUAUCCGCACAUUCAUGGGAUCAGUAUUUGGGAGUCAGGGGUUCUUAUUGUUAUUUUCUGCCUGAAAUCACUAUGGUUGUGAUUGGGCUUAUUGGGGAUGCGUGGAAGAGGGGGGCCUACAAUUGGAGCGGGGUCGGUAGAAUGAGAUGAACUGUAUCAAAUAGCUACAAGCGCGAAAUGUCAAAUGUCUUCCUCAGAACAAAUUCGUUGUUUCUUCGUGAGUCAGUGAAGAUUGAUAAGCUGUUAUCUGAUGGGGUGAUGGAUAGCGGCCUCCGCGGAGAUGAGCUGUCGUUGUGAUGCGGCUUGUGUUAUCAAUCACACAAUUUUCAGGGUCCAUGCCUCGGUCACCAGGUCCCUCGCUUCUUGGGUUAGACAACCUCAUUUCUGGAGCCUGACGAUCAUCAUAAGUUCUGUGAGCGCUCACCACGAUUCGACUGAUUCACUCCAUGUACGUCUCCAGGUGAUCUCUCCAUAAAGCCAAUUCCUGAGACCCUGUCCAAUCGGUAGCAAGUGAUCCUAGUCCAAAUCUCGUGAUUCACCCUCAAAGCUCCUUAUCAAUCACCCCACCAACCAUGUGCGCGAGGACAAUCUUCUCGUAAAGCGACUCUAUACACCAAUUCAAAUUUAAUAACAAUCUUUUACACUUUACCUGCGUUAUACUACACCAGAUGCACAUUCAAGAAAGAAAUGUAGACAACAGAUCUUCUUAUCCCUGCUGCAACUCAUGCAAGGUCCAGUUCUGCUCAAAGAAAUCCUCCGUAGCGCGUCAGCAUCAGGCCAUUUUCCACCAAAAAAGUAAAGCCACCGUUGCAUUUCGCGGGGUAGCUCGAUCGAAUUGAGAUAUUGGGUUCCGAGGGUUUGGGAGAGGGAAAUUGAGUGCCUGUGGGGGUUUUCGUAUCGAAUUUUGCGUUGGUGAGGAUUUGGGGGCUGUGUAUGGGUGGUGUAAGUACGGAUUUGAGGUGAACAACACGAUUCAAGGCCAAGGCAGUUCUUGAUCACAUCAGCGUACUAUGAUUUGCUUAGGGGAAUAGUUUCUGUCUAUCAAAUUAAACGUUUGCUCUUGGUAAACCCAUGUCUAUCUAUAUGCAUGCAUCGCUCGAUUCACAACCCUCGACUAAGCAGCUGGCAAAUGAAUGCCAUGAAAUCCCUGUCCAAUCGCAAAAUCAGCCUCUGCCCUACCCAUCUCCUCCAUAGUCUUGCCAUUCAAGCACAGUAUAUAUGCAGCCUCAUUAACUCCAUCGACAACCAGACUGAAGAUGAUACCAUCAUCUUCUUCCACCGCUCCGGGCCUUGGCACAAAGACCGGCUCGCCAGGGGUAUGCCCUUCAGGUCCCGUCCAUAUGAACGCUUCACUGGUAUCUAAGUCUGUCUUUACCAGAGCGUCGACUGAGGUUGUUAGACCGCGCAGUGAGGCGCUGUAGACGUAGCGAUAGGGUUUGCCGUUGCGAAGCGGGUGAAUAGUUGGGAGCUCGCCUGCGUGCGGGCUUGGGAUGGCGAGGACUUCUUCUGCACUAGCGGAGAAUGUUGUAUCUGGUGCUGGUUUCGGGGGCAGUCUGAAGCGGUAUCUUGUGAGAGUUGGUGCGCAAUUCUUGUACCGGUCAUUCUUGAACCAGUAUUUCUUUGUAGCGUCGUCGCGAUCCAUAAGAACAUCGUAGUAGAACCCCUUGAUGAUGUCCAUGUUUUCAUACUUGGCCAUAUCAAAGAAGAGGUCUGUCUGUUCAGCACCAUCCUCAUCUUUAACCUUUUCCUCAAACGCAUUGAUGCUGUGGAAGAAGAAAGCAGCGGGUGUCGAGAAAGUAGCGACAAGCCCCUUUCCAUGUCGUCGAUCAACAACAAGCCACUUGCAUUUCCUCUCUUUAUCGAAUGGCUUCAUUGAAUCGAUGAUAUUUCCCUCCCAUUGUGUCUUCAGUCCUCUCCAUGCGUAGUGCGAUGCUGGUAUGCAUAUCACGACGUGGUUUUCUGUGAGGAAGAAACUGUGCAUGUACGCCGGUGGAACAUUGAGAUCAGAGAUUGUAGCGAGGACCUCUGUUUCGCCUGAAGCAGCGUCGACUCUGAAGAUUCGAUAUGUUGGAACUCGGCCGAAUGCGAGGUUGAAGUUGAAUAAGUCUCCUGAGUCGGGGUCGCGUUGGGCGUGAGAGCAGGAACAGGGACCGCUGAGAGAAGGGUGAAGAUCGUAUUGCGUGGUCUCGCCCAGGGGCUGAAGAGUUGAUGGGUCGAUGCGACGUAUGCCAGUGUAGUCUGUAGAAACAAACAGAUUACUCGUGUUCACACGAUGUCCAAGAGGUCCUGUCACUCCAUUCGACACCUCCGUCUUCUCAUCCUCCGGCACACCAGGAACAUUCGCCAAAAGCGCAACAUUAUGAUUCCCCAACUUUGGUUCAAAAACAGUCAUGACCUUCGCAAAGAUCCCAACACAAGGAUCAGCUUUCUGUCCAAACGUCAUUCCCGACCGCCAUCCCUUCUUCUUCACAUCAGCAAUCCACUCAUCAGCCUGUCGUCUUGAUGAGUACCACACUUGUGUCUCGUCAUCUUCAGAAGGAAUGAUGUCAAAGCGAUGAGUUUGUGCGAAGCCGUCGAACCAGUGUGUUGUGAAGUGUGUACCGCGGGCUGUAUCUUCAACGCGACUUUGGCCGGGACCUGUGCGGUAGAGAGAACCAGCUGCCCACGAGGGGAAAGUACCUC